AUGAAGCAUUGUUAUUUGCUGCAGAUUUUGAAAAAAAAGAAAGAAUAAGUAUUAAAAAUUAAACAUUUCUUCAAUUUGAUAAACUCCUAAUAAAGAUAAAUAAGGACUAAUAUAUAAAUGAGAAAAUAUUAUAAAGGCAUUUUUUAAGUUUUAUAAUCUAUUGAGAUGUGA